AUGGCUAGCAUCAUCGACAAUAAAGCUGCUGCGGGUCGGCAGCAACAGCAACAACCCCGCGAUGACGAUAGCUCGAGCAACCUACAAUUACCAGAUAUUCACAUCGCUGAUAGCGAUGCAGCCCCUCCUCCUUACGGAGAGUCCCAUGAUCAAGUCCACUUCUCACAGCCUGGAUUUGAUGCCGCCGACGGUCGAGUCAACAUCAAUAUCAAUGCCAAAAACAGAAGACUUGCCGAUCUUCUCGCACCAACUCUACAAGAUCAACUUGCUCCUGAGCCCGAACAACCUGAUCUCCCUCCCGCAUAUAUUCCCCCAAGCCUUGGAGGUAGACCUGGACAAACUCCGCCACCAAAGCUCAAUGUCGUCGUACAAAUUGUUGGAUCCCGAGGCGAUGUUCAACCUUUUGUCGCCCUAGCCAAGGUUUUGAAAGAUACAUAUGGACACAGAGUACGAAUCGCUACUCAUCCCACCUUCCGCACAUUUGUCGAAGAGAAUGGCCUCGAAUUCUUCAACAUCGGAGGCGACCCUGCCGAGCUGAUGGCCUUUAUGGUCAAGCACCCCGGCCUGAUGCCUGGCUUUGACGCCAUUACCAGCGGUGAAAUCACCAAGCGUCGAAAGGGUAUCGAAGAGAUACUUAUGGGUUGCUGGCGAUCAUGUAUCGAAGGAGGUGAUGGCCUUGGCCCGGCUCCCAAACCCCAUGCCUCCAACGCACCCUUGGACGUUUCAUUGGUAUCAGGCAACUCAGGCCAGGAGCCUUUUGUUGCUGAUGCUAUUAUCGCCAACCCUCCUAGCUUCGCCCAUGUUCAUAUUGCUGAGAAACUAGGUAUUCCUGUGCACAUGAUGUUUACCAUGCCUUGGUCGCCAACACGAGCCUUUCCACAUCCUUUAGCCAAUAUUCAAUCUUCAAAUACCGAUGACGUGAUGACGAACUACAUGUCAUAUACUCUGGUAGAAAUGAUGACAUGGCAGGGUCUGGGAGAUGUUAUCAACCGCUUCCGUAAGAAGGCGCUCGACCUUCCCCCACUUUCAUUGAUCUGGGCACCUGGACUUCUUUCAAGACUCAAAAUCUCGUGGACAUACUGCUGGUCACCAGCCUUGAUUCCAAAGCCCAACGAUUGGGGCCGACACAUUGAUAUUUCGGGCUUUUACUUCCUUAACCUUGCCUCGUCAUACACACCCGAUCCCGAGUUGGCAGCUUUCUUGCGCGAUGGCCCCCCUCCAGUCUACAUUGGAUUUGGUUCUAUUGUGGUCGACGACCCUAAUGCCAUGACCGAAAUGAUCUUUGAGGCAGUCAGGCUUUCAGGUGUCAGGGCUCUGGUCUCGAAAGGUUGGGGUGGUCUUGGUGCUGAUGAUCUUGGCAAGCCAGAUGGAGUAUAUAUGCUGGGCAAUGUUCCCCACGACUGGCUGUUUGAACACGUCUCAUGUGUGGUACAUCACGGUGGUGCUGGCACUACCGCUGCAGGUAUCAAGGCUGGCAAGCCUACCCUUGUGGUACCCUUCUUUGGAGAUCAGCCAUUCUGGGGUGCCAUGAUAGCCAGAGCCAAGGCCGGCCCUGACCCGAUCCCAUACAAGCAGCUGACUGCAGAGAAGCUGGCCGAGGCCAUCAAGUUUUGCGUCAAGCCCGAGACUCUAGAACAGGCCAAGGCUAUGGGACAGAAAAUCAGAGAAGAGAAAGGAACCGAUGUCGGCGGAAAGAGCUUCCAUGAUCAUCUCGAGGUGGACAAGUUGCGCUGUACUCUGGCACCGAGCAGGGCCGCCGCUUGGCGUGUGAGAAGAACCCAAGUACGACUCAGUGCCUUUGCUGCUGCAAUUCUGGUGGAGCAGGGAAUACUCCAGUGGUCUGACUUGAAGCUGUAUCGAAUGAGGGAGUACAACACAGAGGAGCAGCCACCUGAUCCAAUUUCUGCUUGCACCUUGUCGCUUGUCACUGAUAUAGGGGGCAUUGGCAUGGCUAUUGCUGAUAUGCCCAGAGAGCUCUUCAAGAGCAUGUCAAAUCCCAAGAAGAAAGACCAGACACCAUUGGACACUGCGAACCCUCGUGCCACUGAGAGUGAUGCCUCACUAGUCAAACCUCAAGGCACUGAUUCGGAUCAGAAAUCAACUUCUGCGGCGAGCAUUGCCGACACCGAAACACUAAACUCUGCAAUCCUCACGUCCUCCCACUCUAACGCAUCGCAUCCUACUCUAAGCGAUGCAGCAUCCAGCACUUCCGGCCUAUCAUCCCCCGAUCGGUCGAGCGCCCAAACAGCAACCAAUCAGAAAUCCUGGAAGGAGCAGAUGAAGCAAGCGGCGAACGCUGCCAAGCAAGAUCGGGGUGCGUCGCCUGUCAACUACGUUGACGCAGCUGUUGGAACAGGCAGGGGAGUUGGUCGUGUAGUUACCACUGGUGCCAGAACGCCCAUGAACUUUUGUCUUGGACUGGCCAGAGGUUUCAGAAACAUGCCAAAACUUUACAACGACGAGACUGUUCGCCCUGUUGAUAAGGUAACAGGUGUUGGCUCUGGUAUUAUGGUAGCAGGCAAAGAGUUUGGCUAUGGACUAUUUGACGGCAUUACUGGUCUUGUUACACAGCCCCUGAAAGGUGCCGAGAAAGAGGGAAUGCAGGGUCUAAUCAAAGGAUUCGGUAAGGGUAUCGGAGGUGUGGUAGCAAAACCAGCGGCAGGCUUCUGGUCUAUCCCAGCUUACACCAUGCAGGGUGUCGAUGCUGAGAUUACCAGAUAUUUUUCAAAGAGCGUUCUGAACUACAUUGUUUCCUCGCGAGCUGUCCAAGGCCAGCACGAGAUGCAAGAGGCAACGCCCGGCGAAAGAAAUGACGUUGUGCAACGGUGGAACAACUUCGCGUCUGAUCUUGACAAGUUUUAUCGAUGGAAGAAGAAGGAGAAGGUCGCGGGAAAACGUCCAGAGGGGUCUCAACAAGACAGCUCAGAGGCUGUGCUUGAACGCCCUCAAACUGGGUGGCUUCACACUAGAAACCUAUCCUUUGAAAAACGAAAGAAGUUACAUGCUGAUAAGGAAGCAUGGGAGAGGGCCAGCUCAGACACCCCGGUCCCAGAAUCGAAAUCGAGUGGUGCUUCGGCCAUACAAAUGCACUCUUCCGAGGAUGAAGAGCUUGAGAAAGCUAUUCGGGCAUCAAUUCAAGAGACGUCACGUGGUAACGCUGAAGAAGAUGCACAGGUGGAAGCCGCUAUGCGCGAAAGCAUCAACGUUGUCCGACAGAGAGCCGAAGCAGGCGAGGCUGCACCACUCCCUCUGAAAGACCCAUCCAUCUUCAAGGAUGCUGAAUAUCAGAUCACUGAUGAGGAGUACCAAGCUCUUGUUGAGCAAGCCAUUCAGCAGAGUCUAGGAAAUGACGCGCCUCUGCCUCAAUAUUCUGAAAUGCCAGGUUUCAGUGAGACGGACACUGUGGCUCAAUCACACACAGCAUCCACUAACGAUGACGACAAAGAGCUGCGGCAAGCCAUUGAAGCCUCUAAGAAGCAAUCCCCGCCGCCACUACCGCCAAGAGAAGUAAAUGAUGACGAGUUUGAGCGUGCGAUAGCAGCGUCAAAGGAAGCCAUGGAAAAGGAAAGCAGUCAGCAAACUGAGGAAGACAUUGUGAUGGAGUACGUCAAAAAGCAGAGUUUGGCAGAAGAGGAGUACAGAAAGAAGAUGGGCCAGGGCAAGCCUUCAGCAAACACGGGCGACGAUGACGACGAGGAAUUAAGGCGAGCAAUGGAGGAGAGUCUGAGGAUGAAUAGGGGUGACACAUCAGGUCCUUCAGGGAUCUAA